AUGGCAGACCCAACCAACGAUCGUGGGACCAAUGCACCGAACAAUCAACAUCGACCAGAAACACACCAAGCCGUCAUGCAAAGAAGCACCCAAGAUGACCAGCAGCUCAAUUCGAUACUCCAGCCACUGGCCGCCAUCGAUAUGAAAACCUUCACGAGCUGUGAUCCACACUCCCAACUGCAACAAUGGAAGCUUCACGCUGCCAAGGCGAAGUUCGUACCCGAUCUCGCCUGCAAGGUGAUGAAUGCGGCAUCAGAACAGCUCGAGAAGAUCAAGACUUUACUGAACACUCAGCGAUCACAUUCACGCACCUCAUUAAGCAUCAUCCGCUGCAGACAUAUCUACGCACGCACUCUUCCACUUGGAACUAAACCUCUACCUCCACGUCCUCCAGAGCAGGACCCUCAGCCGCUAGUUCGGCUGCGUCAUUGCCAGACAAGCAGCGAUCUUGCCGAGCAAAGCAAGAGCGAGAUGGAUGAUCACAUCAACAAAGCCCGUGACACCAUUGCUAAACAACAGCGUGAAGCGGAGGAACACCUCGAAAAAUCACGUCCGAACCAUGCUCAGAGCCAGUUUGUCGUUGACAUGGCAUCCCUCUUUGACAGCGAAAGCUGCAAGCGAAAGGACGCCAUCAUUCAGGGCAAGGACGACAAGAUUGCCGAGCUGGGUAAAUCCAUUCAAGAUAUGAGAAUCGAACAGGGUGUGCAGCCGGGAAAGAUCAUUGAGUUGUCGAACAAGCUCAAGGCCGAAUCGGAUUUGCUCACCAAAGCGAACGGAAUCACCGAUACAGUACGUAGGGAGCUGAAUGAAGAGAAGCAGACUACCGCACGCCUGCAAGGCGAUCUUACCGCCCGGAAAGAAGACGAAGAGGCCAGACCCACGCAUUCCACGUACCAAGCGCUCCUGCGACGCAAUGCUACCGUGGAGGAACAGCUGCUGCAGUUUAGUGGUGUCGAGUCAGGAGACAUCACGAGAAGCAAUCACUACCUCUCACGCGAGAACGAACGAUUGAGAGCACUUCUGGGAACACCACUUUCUGUGUCGAGUUCGACGCCUGCACAUUCCUUGCAUUCGUUCUCGACCGCCGGACUCUCACCUGCUCCGCAAGUGAUGUCACGGCCGCCGACAUACGGUACUGGAACGCCACAACAUCAUGCUUCUUCGUCCUCAUCGGGAUUCCCGUCUGCUCCGCCGUCCAUGUCAUCAUCGAUACGUGCUACGGAAAACUCGCCGUGCCCACCGAGUGGAUCCGUCUUCACUUUGCAACCAAUGUCGUUCCCAUCAACGUAUGACCCGAACCAUACACAUGGUGACGACCCUUUGUUGGCGACUAGUGGCGUACAAUCUGGUCUGCCUGGAACGCCCGCGCCAGUGGAUCAACAUGCGUCCCAGCAAGCAAAUAAGAGGCGUCGCACGGAUAGCAUGCCGCAAGAGGAGCAUGCUGCCAUGGCCAUGUCGAGGCUUGCAGCCAGUCCAGGGCAUCGCCUGACCCAGCUACACGAUCACUGA